AUGGCCGGCGUCUUGGGACUGUAUCCGCUUCGUCUUCUGUACUACUCAUGGAGAAAUCACUCUCGUCUCCGGCUUGGCCGUCGAAUACAUCUACCAGCCGCCUUCGACCCUGCCACCAUACUCUACCCUCCAAUACUGCCCGUCCUCAUUGCGCUGUCACUCUUUGCCUCAUCAUCAAAACCUCUUCUACCCAACAUGUUGCUCGGCUUAGCUGCGUUGCCAGCCAGACUUAUUCCCUUCAGGAGCGCUACCUUGGGCUACUCUCCUCUGCACUGGCUGGUCUCCAUCAUGCCCCUGAUCGCUGCCGAGAACACCGACAUACCGUCUCGGCUGUUUGCACAGACACCAUACAAACUCAAGUUACCCCCGCCUAACCAAGGUCUAGAUCCCGAACUUCUGGUGACGUUGUUUGCUCUGCAUCAAGCGCUGCUACCGCCGCUAUACUACCUCACCACUACGAGCCUUCUACCAGCAGAGCUGCACCUGCUUUCAAUUGGGCUUAUCAACCUCCUCUUGUUCUCAGACACCCCUCAAGCAGCCAUACUCGGUGUCUUACUGUGGCUAGGCGGGCUGGGGGUGUUUUUGCUCUGCGGCAACAUCUUGAAGUGGGGCGUUGCACUUGCACGCAUUCCGCGAUGGAGGCUUCGACGUGCUGGCCAAGUCAUUCGAGCUCGACAGAACUUCUUGCAGGUGUUGACCCGUAGUCUGGGAUCCAAACGCGAUGGAAGCGAUUCCUGGAAAGAUGUGAGUGACAGUGAUGCGGAUGAAGAACCCAGAUUCGACAAGCCCCUCCAAAAGACCAAGAGCCUUAAAGUCAACUUUUUAGACUCGGUCAGACACAUCAGACCCUGCAUGGAGGGCAGCGAGCCGCGGUCCGCCGCCGAAGCGACAAAGACUGGGUUUCAGCAGUCUACUUCUGCAAAAGGGUCCACUCAUAACAGUGGACGUAAGCGUAGGAAUACCCUCCCAGUCCUCGUUGCUGAAGACCAUACGUCACAGCAUCGGUAUUCGAACCGAAGACAGUCGGGAUCGAUUGUGCAGUCUUAUUUAUCGCUCACGCCCACCGAAGCCACAAGGAGGAAAUGGCUCUACGCUGGAUACUUCUACGUGAUUGUGGUAGGCCUGAUACUGGGACCAAUUCGGUAUAGUAUCGGCAAAUAUGCUCUUCACCAUCACGAACCUUUUGGAUGGGCCAUCAGCUACCUCUUCGGCAAUAUAUCACGCGUGCGGUGGGAAGUGUUCAAGUGGGAUUUGAACUGGUGGGUUCCUCUGCCGACAAGACGACACGCAGAUGACAUGGCCCGACUCACACACUAUCUGUCGUUGGCGGAAUAUGUUCGUCGCAUAGUACUGGGAGAAGCGACUACGCGUCUCUUGCUGUGCGUGUACUGUGCAGGAACCAUACUCGCUGGCCUCGUAGCGGUCUUUUCGCUUUCUGCAGUGGUAGAAGUCGACACACGCAGAAAGGUGUUCCACGGCACCAUGGUGGCGAUGCUCCUGCCGACCAUCUUUAUCGACCCUUGUUUUGUUGCGCUGGCGCUUGCACUGGUACUUGCGAUAUUCCUCCUCCUCGAUCUGAUUCGCGCCUCGCAGCUUCCGCCGCUGUCCAAGCCCAUUGCCAGGUUCCUGACGCCGUACGUGGAUGGCCGCGAUCUCCGAGGCCCCGUGGUGGUGUCGCACAUCUUCCUCUUGAUUGGGUGUGCGAUCCCGCUGUGGCUAUCGCUCGCAGGAGUGGAACGGGCUGGCGACGAGCCGUGGCAAGGCUGGGAGGUGGAAGACAGGGACGUGAGUAUGGUGGCGGGAGUUAUAUGUGUGGGCAUGGGCGACGCAGCAGCAUCCCUCGUCGGGCGGCGCUAUGGGCGGCGGAAAUGGCCCUGGGCGGGCGGCAAGUCCCUGGAAGGGUCCUUGGCGUUUGCAGUCGCAGUGUCGGCUGGACUCGUGGUAAGUAGAGUGUGGCUCCACGUCGGGUGGGAAAGCGGUGCGGCAGGGCACAGGACGGAGGGCGAGUGGGCUCACGACGCAUUGCUCACGCUGGGCAAGGCGGCUCUGUGCGCGACAGGCGCAAGCCUCAACGAGGCGGUCCUCACAGGCGGCAACGACAACGUGAUCGUGCCAGUGAUACUAUGGGUCCUUGUGAGGGGUGUCAGGCUGUAG